AUGUCCUCCAAUAUAUUCGUUAUCCUCGAUGAUCUUGUCAAGCUGAUUGUUAGAGCUUUCUACCCUGAAGAUCACAUCGUUGUUACAGAUGCACUGCUGAAGGAGAAGAAACGAUUUAAGGAUGAAGAUCUAGCCACCAAGCUAAGAUUACCAACGAGGAUCGUACGGACAGUGUUGAGCAACCUUCGCAAUGAUUGCUUGAUAAGAUCGCAAGAGGUCAAGGUAGAGCCCAAACGACCGGGGGACCGCAUCACCACUGCCAAUCUUUGGUAUAUUGACUACAAGUUCCUCAUUGACGUUCUAAAGUUUCGAUUGUACAUGAUUGCCAAGAAGAUAGAGGAGGAGAACGCAAAUGCGACUGACAGUAACCAACACUAUAGAUGCUCGUCUUGUACAAAAGUAUUCACAACGUUUGAUUUUGCUCGUCUGUUGACACCAGAAGGUUCACUGGCGUGCGACUCUUGCGGAGGCUCACUACACGAAGAGAACUCAAGCGAGAACACGUUGAAGUCCAACAGACAGAAAGCUGAUCAGGACCAGCUAAAGAAGCUGAUUGGUCAACUAAAGAAGACUGAGGGCCAACAAAUUCCUUUGUGGGCGAGAGAUAUGGCCGAAGAGAAUGUCAAUACUGGUCCUAAGCUGCACAUCAACACUAAUUCCUCAACAGCAUUUGCCAAGCCAAUUGGUGCCUUCUCCUCUGGCUCCUCAUCAGCAACAACCAACGACACUCAGAAAUGGAUGGAUCCAUCCUCUCAAACACUAGAGUUCAUUGUAGAUAUCUAUGACUCUGAUAAUAUCGAUGGUGGACUGGUUCCAACUGCCACUGAGGGUCCAAAGAAAGAUUUGAAAAAGACUGGUAAUUCAUCAAUGCCACCAUGGCUCAUCACAAAACCGUUUGAACCUAAGAGUAGUAGUUCACAAGCAUCAUUGACAAACAUUAAAGUAAAACAGAAGGUCACACCGACAAGACCAAAAGCACUUGAUGAGAAGUUCUACACUGACUAUGUUAACAGUCACUACAAGGAUAAAGAUGACCAGGGCACAGACAGCCACAAACGAAGAGAGUCACCAACUGACGAUAACAAGACUGCAAAGAAGGUCAAGCUUGAUCAUCCUAAUAUUCAAAUCAAAGUUGGUGACAGACUUGUACCAAUCACACAUGUCACAGAGGAUGACCAAGAUAAGAUGAGUGCUCAGGAAUAUGAAGAGUUCUGCCAAGCAGUGUAUUCUUUCUUUGCCGACCUGCAAUCUUAG